AAAUCACUCGAUCUUGUUUACGUAGGAUUAACAGAAAUCUUCAGACAGAACGAUCCCGAAUUUAAACAUCAUUACACCAACUUGCGAUAUGGAUUUUUAAACGAGGAUAUGUUUCAGUAUCUAAAAAAAUGUAAUUAUUUAGAGGAUGAUGCGCUCGAUACAUCAGAUUACAUAAAGGAGAUUCGUAGUAUCGACCCAAACUUACGAACGAUAAAACAAAUAACAAGUAGUCAAGAUUCAAGA